AGGGCAGCUAUAUCGGGCCUGGAAGGACCCGCAACCCGGAAGUGGCCGUGAUGGGGCCUCCCUGUCCUACAGAGCCGGCUACAUCCGGGCACCGGCACCGCGGGGCCUAGCGGCGGCCUGAGCCCCAGGCUGGUUCAUGGGGAGGGCUCAAGCCGGCGAGGGCUCCUGAUUGGGCAGCAGCGGGUGCCAUGGAGCCCGACCGGGCGGCGAGCACCCAGACUGGGCCAGGAGCCACUGAGACCAAGAUCCAUUUCAAGGUCACCCGGUUCAUCAUGGAGGCAGGGGUGAAGCUGGGCCUGCGCUCCAUCCCUGUGGCCACGGCCUGCACCAUCUACCACAGUUUCUUCACGGCCACGGUGGCCCCGGGGCCCUACGACCCCUACCUGGUGGCCAUGGCUGCGCUGUACCUGGCCGGGAAAGUGGAGGAGCAGCACCUACGCACGCGGGACAUCAUCAACGUCAGCCACAGGUACUUACACCCCCAGAGCGACCCCCUGGAACUCGACUCCCAUUUCUGGGAGCUGCGGGACAGCAUCGUCCAGUGCGAGCUGCUCAUGCUGCGGGUGCUCGGCUUCCGCGUCUCCUUCCGGCACCCCCACAAGUACCUGCUCCAUUACCUGCUUUCCCUGAGGCGGUGGAUGAACCGACACAGCUGGGAGCGGACCCCCGUCUCGGCGGCGGCCUGGGCACUGCUCCGGGACAGCUACCACGGGGCGCUGUGUGUGCGCUACCUCCCCCAGCACGUGGCGGUGGCCGUGCUGUACCUCGCCCUGCACUGCUAUGGGGUGGAGGUGCCCGCCCAUGCACAGGCCCAGAGACCCUGGUGGCAGGUGUUCAGUGACGAUCUCAGCCAAGCUCAGAUUGACCAGAUCGUAUUGGACCUGAUCCAGAUUUACACCUUGGAUGCGGAAAUCUCCUAAUGGGGUCCAGAGAGCGACCCAGUGCGGGGGAGGGGACAGGCCCCAUUCCCGCCCCCCGAGCCAGCCAGUCCCUGCCCUGGGGCUGGAUGGGAGCCGGCGCCCCCUAGAGGGGAAAGGCCUCAUGUCCCAUUCCCGCCCCCUGGGGCUGGAUGGGAUCUGGCACUCCCUAGUGGGGAAAGACCCCAGACCUGAGCCAGCCAGUCUCCGCCCUGGGGCCAGAUCGGAGCCGGCACCCCCUAGAGGGGAAAGACCCCAUUCCCUGCCCCUUCCCCAGCUUUGAAAGCAGAGUGUUGGUUGCAGUCUGGGUGUCCUGUCCCUCAGCCGUUACCCUCGCUGCCCGUGCUCCUCCCGCGGGCCGGCUGCCUUAUUGGCUGCACCUUGAGAAGGCCGUCGGACCUGAGCACCGUGCCAGCUCAGAGCCUCUGCAGCUGCUGGGAUGCGAGCUCCAAAGAGCCACAUCACGCGCCCGGCGGGUGUUAGCCACAUGGGUCCCAACCAGCCGAUUCCGCGUGUACCCGGGGCUCCUCGAGCUUGGACUGCUUGAUCCGGCGAGUAAAGUUGUGCCUGUGAA